UUUGAGGUAGGCCUGCCUGUUCACGACAAACAUACAAACACAUCGUACAAACUUGAGUGAUGGAACAUAACCAACGCCACGGGUGGCACAUGGCUUUAUCUUUGAAGAAAAGUAAGACCGAUCGUGGUCUGUAUGUUCACUUCUGUCCAAUCGCCUGUUGGUUUGCUAUAUGUUUAAGGGUGACUGGUUGACCUGCCAAUACCCACAAGAAAUUAAAUAAACACAAGCCUUCGGCUGAAUUUAGACGUGUUUGUGUACGUCAAAAUCUAUUUGGCCUGUUCGUGGAUAUUUUGGGUCGACUGUAGGCUAGUGUACAUGCCAGAAUCCCAAGUUUCAGUUUCCAUAUUUGCGAGAUUGCAUCAAGUAGAACAACGGUUGAAGACACGGAGGCCACUUUAGUUCAUUCCUUUGUAAAGGUCCGAUUAAGCAAUCGCAUGAAUAAUGAAUAACUUCAAAAAGCAUAGCCUAGAAAGCUGAACAUGAGCGUUGUGGCGAAGAACAGGCCACCUACCAUAUGCAAACUUUAGAGAUGAUCCCUCCCCCCAGUUCAAUGUUCUGGGAGAUCUCGCAGAGCACACUGUAGAUCUUCACCUCCUCCCUGACACCCAAAUAGACUUCGGAGUCGUGUGGCUUAACGGCGAGGAAUUGUAAACUGUUGUGUUCUCAUAGUCAAGAGGAUUCUCCAUCCUGACAUCAAGGACUGUCGAAAGGAACAUUAUGGAGAACUAAAAUGGAAUUAUGACCAACUGAUAAGUCUUUUAACGCAGAGUGAGGCUGUCUGUCGAUAGAUGACUGGCCUCCCGCCAUGGGCAUGCAGGAUGUGUGGGAGGCGGAGGGCCAGCAGGUCACCGUGGACUUCCUCCUGCCCACCGGCAUCUAUCUCAGGUUGGACGUGUCGCGCAAUGACACCAUCUCUACCAUCAAGAAGAUGCUGUGGCGUAACGCGCAGAGCGAGCCCCUCUAUGGCGCGCUUGGUGACCCCGAUGCAUACGUGUUCACCUGCAUCAACAUAACAGCGGAACGGGAGGACCUGGAGGAUGAGCAGCGGCGGUUGGGCGAAGUGCGGCCCUUCUUGCCCAUCCUGCGGCUGGUGGCCCGGGAGGGGGACCGUGUGGAGAAGCUCAUCAACGCCCAGAUCAGCCUCCUCCUUGGCAAAGGUAUGCAUGAGUUCGAGGCGCAGAAGAACCACGAAGUGAACGAGUUCCGCACCAAGAUGCGCACGUUCUGCGAGGAGCGCGCCCAGGAGCGCCAGCGUCUGCCGUGGCACGAGUGGAUGGAGUACAGCUUCCCCUGCGACCUGGAGCCCUGCCCUACUAUGUCACACAGUGGGAAGUUACGCAACAUCAAGAAGAUCUUUGUCAAUGUGAAGUUUGAAGCCAGUGAGGAGAGCUUCAUGCUCCAGGUGGAGCCCCAGGACGUGCCGGGUACGCUGAUCGGCAAGGCCCUGAGGAAGAAGGCCACAGUCUUCCGGCCGUCCAGCAAGGAGAAGCCAGAGGACUACACCCUGCAGAUCCACGGGAGGUGGGAGUUCGUCUACGGGAAGUACCCUCUCUGUCAGUUCAAGUAUAUUUUCUCGAGUCUGCACGGCGGCCAGACUCCGUUUUUAAUCAUGGUUCAUCGCUCUACCAUCAGCAAGUAUCAGGAAGAUCAGAGCUGCUUGAGCAACCAAGUCUCUAAGGGACGGUCCUCGUCCAAACCUCCCCCACUGCCCCUCAAGAAGCAAAAUACCUCCUCCCUGCGGUCCAUCCAGGAGCCCUUCUACAUCCAGCUUCUGCAGGGCAGCCGAGUCAAUGCAGACGAAGGCAUGAAGCUCGUGGUCCAGGCUGGUCUGUUCCACGGGAGUGAGGUGCUGUGUAAGGUGGUGACCAGCAGCGAGGUGAACGUCUGCUCGGAACCGGUGUGGGACCAGAAGCUAGUGUUCGACAUCAACGUGGGGGACCUGCCCCGCAUGACCCGCCUCUGCUUCGCCCUCUACGCUGUCGUCGCCACCACCAAGAAGCCCCGCUCUACCAAGAAGAAGAGCAAGCGAGCAGACUGUCCUUUGGCAUGGGUCAACACCAUGGUCUUCGACUAUAAGGACCAGCUGAAGACCGGGGAGGCGUCUUUGUCCACGUGGCCAUCAGUCCCAGAUGAUAAGGGCGACCUCCUGAACCCCAUGGGCACUGUGGAGAAGAACCCCAACAUCGACAGCACCGCCUGUCUAUUCAUCCGCUUCCCCAUCAUCCGACCGCACCCUCUCUGCUACCCCCCUCUCGACAAGAUAAGUGGGCUGGAGAUAAAUGGAGAGAAGGCCGCUGCCACAAAGGAGGAGCAUUCGAAGCUGAAGGUGAUCAUGGACAACAAGAACUACACGGAGAUCUUCGAGGACGAGAAGGAGCUGCUGUGGAAGAUGCGAGGGGAGGUGCGUGAGCGCUACCCUGACAGCCUCUCUAAGCUCCUGCUGGUCACCAAGUGGAACAAGCACGAGGAUGUGGCUCAGAUUGUAAGUCUGCUGCGGAACUGGCCCGACCUGCCAGCCAUUCACGCUCUGGAGCUGCUCGACUACUGCUUCCCUGACCCGCACGUACGCUCCUUCACUAUUCGCUGCCUGAGGAAACUGCGUGAUGACGAACUCUUCCAGUACCUACUCCAGCUCGUCCAGGUCUUGAAGUAUGAGUCUUACCUCGAUUGCGACCUGGCCAGGUUCCUUCUCGAGAGAGCCCUGUCUAAUAAGAGGAUAGGGCACUUCCUCUUCUGGCACCUCAGGUCUGAAAUGCAUGUGUCCUCGGUCAGUCUGCGGUUUGGCCUCAUCCUUGAGGCAUACUGUCGAGGAAGCAUCUAUCACAUGAAGAGCCUGGUGAAACAAAAUGAAGCUCUGAAUAAAAUGAAAGCCCUGAACGACUUUGUGAAGUCGGGUUCUCAGAAGGCUUCACGUGCACAGACAACGGAGGACAUGAAGUUGUGCAUCAAACAGGAUGCCUACAUGGAGGCACUGUCUGACCUGCUGUCGCCACUCAAACCCAGCAUCAUCCUCUCAGAGAUCUGCGCAGACCGGUGCAAGUUCAUGGACUCUAAAAUGAAGCCCCUUUGGCUGAUGUACAAGAAUAAGUGGAUGCAGUCUGACACUGUGGGACUCAUUUUUAAGAAUGGAGACGACCUACGCCAGGAUAUGCUGACCCUCCAGAUGAUUCAGCUGAUGGACGUUUUGUGGAAGAAGGAGGGGUUGAACCUGAGGAUGGUCCCCUAUGGAUGCCUCUCCACGGGCAACAAGACGGGCCUGAUCGAGGUGGUGAAGAACUCGGACACCAUUGCUAACAUCCAGCGCAACAACAGCAACAGCGCCGCCACGGCCGCCUUCAACAAAGACGCCCUGCUCAACUGGCUCAAGUCCAAGAACCCAGGGGACAAACUUGAUGAAGCCAUUGAGGAGUUUACACUGUCCUGUGCUGGUUACUGUGUAGCUACCUAUGUCUUGGGCAUUGGAGACCGCCACAGUGACAAUAUCAUGAUAAGGGAAACGGGGCAGCUGUUCCACAUUGACUUUGGGCAUUUUCUGGGGAACUUCAAGACCAAAUUCGGGAUCAACAGGGAACGUGUGCCUUUCAUCCUGACGUAUGACUUUGUCCAUGUGAUUCAAGAGGGAAAGACCAGUAACAGCGAGAAAUUUGAAAGGUUUCGGGACUGCUGUGAGCAGGCCUAUAAGAUACUGUGCAGGAAUGGAAUCUUGUUUGUGAACCUCUUUGCUCUCAUGAGAGCUGCUGGCCUUCCUGAGCUCAGCUCCUCUAAAGACAUCCAGUACUUGAAGGACUCACUGGCUUUAGGGAAGUCUGAGGAAGAGGCACUGAAGAAUUUCAAAGUCAAAUUCAAUGAAGCUUUGAGAGAGAGUUGGAAGACCAAGGUCAACUGGAUGAUGCACAGUUUUGCUAAAGACAACAGGUGAUGGGACAGAUGGAAGACCCAUUUAGAGCCAUAGAGGGUGAAAAUUGCACUGCAAUUUGUCUAAGCCUGCAUGUACUUCUUAAGAAUAGUCUCAGGCAAAUUGACAUGAAUUCCCUCAAAUCUUCUGCAAAUGCUUAUCAGCAUACCAUAUUCAUUUGAGUCAGAAUCUGUGAAAGCUGCAUCUCUUUUUCUCUGGAUACCUUAACUCUGAUAAACAUUUUGACAGUAAUUCAUCUCAAUGUAGUGCCCACUCCAUUGUAAAAGGUUAGGUUUCCACUUAUACUACAUAAUAUUUGUGGAUCGAUAUUCUACAGAUAAGUAGUGGGCCAUUAUCGUCCAAACAGUCACUGGUUAUGUUUUGGUUUGGUUCUCAACAAAGCCAUUAUGUGAUGAAAGGGCAAUGAAGAUCUGUUUUUCACUCUGCAGUGACAUCUAGUGGUAUUUCUGAGUCAGUGCCGUUUAGGCAGACAUGCAACAGCCCCCUCACACACAAACAUGCACUGUGUCUGAGUGCCUACCUUAUUUAUUUUUGUAUUUAUUAAGACCUGGAUUAUGAAAUAAUUAACUUAACUGUUUGAUAAACUGUACAUUAGAAGCUAUACACCAAAAUCAUCAACCAACCAAACACACACACACACACAGCAUAUACAACACAUGAAGGACAAGUGGGAAAUCAUGUGGAUUUGGUUGACUUAAGUGCGACUAUUCUUUUAAGACCCACUUUAAUUUACUGAAUGUUUACAGUUUCCAUGAGUAAAUCCAUGGAUUGGCCUAUGUAUAUUUCUUGGAAGGACCCUAAGACCUUAAUAAGCCAUGAGAACUGAUCAGACCUGAUCAAUGGACAUAGUUGACUGCAACUAAAUUGUGAAAUGCAUUUAAAAGGUUGCUUAUUCAACCUGUGUAUUCCAGCCAUUAAUUAGCUUAUGAAAUACGCUCACAGAAAAGACUAGUAUGCUUAUUUAACUUCACAGAUGGAACAAAAAACAUACUAGCUAUAUUUGUGGGUUAAAGAUAUAGAGGUAUAAGGAAUAUGUAGGUGACACGUAAAGUGUUCCUUUUUAUGGUUUACAUUUAUGAUGUUUUUUCUAUUAGUUUAUUUUGUUUAUAGGUGUUUUAAAUAUUUUGGUUGUCUGUGUUCAUGUUUGGUCAAAUGGUACAUUUUGUAUUUGUGUAAUUUCUGCUUGGCAGAGGCACAUUUGGAAAAAGAUAUGAACUAUAAGUGCUAUAUAUUUAGCUUUUUGAAAAUAUUUUUUUAAUGUUUUAUUGCUGAUAAAGUCUUAAGUGUUUGAACCUUGCCUUGAGAGAUAACACAUUGUGUGUAUGAUGAGUAAAAGGCUUAUUUUUCAGUGAUUUUGUUCAAAUGUUCAGUAGGUCAAUGCCCAUUCUUGAGCUUUUCUGUAGUGAACUGUUUUGCAGAGAACUGUUUUGCUACAGUUCAAAAUACUUUUCCUUCAACUUGCCGUCAUAAGAUUGACAUAACCCUGUCAUAAACCGUAUCAUGGCUAAUGGUUUAUUUUGUGGUCUAAUCAGUAAUUAUAAAGUCAACCUUUAAAAUGACUGAUGCUAUGGCAGCUUAUAAACAAUAUGACAGGCUGUUAUAGCAUCCAACAUUUUGUCUUGACAAUUACUGAUGAUUGUAAUAUGAAUACCUGGACAUCACUGAAAAUCAGCUGUCAUGAUAGCUAAUGGCAUGACAUGGCAUCUGCCAUUACCUGUUCAUGACAAGAUUAUGUCACUUUUAUGACAUAGGGUUCAUGUUAAUGUUAUGACUACUGAAUGGGUUACUUCAUCUUAGAUCAUUGCAAUUGAUCUACCCCUUGAAAAAUGGCAGGGCAAGUUAGAGAGCUAGAAAUUACUGAUUAAAAUAGAUUUAUACUGGAGCUUUCAGUCUGUUUUAGCACUGUAUGUUCCAUUGAUGCACUUGUAAGCUACUGUAUGUGCCUAAGCAUUUUAUUUAUGAUUUGCUCUUUUGAACUCAUCAGUGUACAAACCCAUCAUAGAGCCAAAUUACACUCUGACAUAAGCAUAUUAUAAGGGCAUGUAGUGAAAAAUGAUGUCUGACAAUGUCUGACAUUCCACUAUAGGAAUUAAGUUAUUUCUAAUCGUUACAAAUGAAGGUAUUUGAAACAUAAAUCAAGUUAAAUGAAUUGAUUUGUGUUUCCUGUUCUAUGAAAGGCUGGAUGACUAUGGGUCUGUACCUCUGUUUCUCUUGAUCAUUUCUUCUGUUGCACUCUUAUCAGCCCUUCCCAUUAUAUCACUGAUGACAGAAAGGGUCUUAACAACCAAAACAGUCAUUCCAAAAGUGUGAAUCAGCUUAAUAUGAAAUUGGUAGGAGCACAUCCUACUCGUUAGAGCUCAUAAUAAUAGAUUUUUCCUCCAUAUUUAUUUUUGCUCAGCCUACCUUUAGCAUCUUAUUUGGAUGAGCAAAAUAUGAUGUUAGGGGUAGAUAGAGCUGAGCCACUAUUCACUUUGAUAUCUAAUAUCUCAAAACUGUUGUGGGUGUGGGUUGUACAGUGUAAUUGGAAAGGCUUUUGUACUCCAGCCACUGAUGGUAUGAAGAAUCAUUUUGCGAUGGUCAGUUAAUUCUUAUCAUAGUGAUAUAUGGGGGUGGGGGCUUACAGGCGUGAACAUUCACUGUUAUCAUUUGAAGAAGAGCACAUUGAUUGUGCAUCUGUACUGAUACUUUACGGAAAUGUGUUAAAUAAAACUGCUGUAAAAUGCCUACAAAAAA